AUUGCCUCGUCACCACAGAGCGCUCGCAAGGCCGUCGCGGCCGUUUCCAGGCUCGCCACCCGGAAUGCCGCCCCGAUGAGGACCUUCAUGGCCCCGACAGUCUCGCGGAGAGCCGACUUCGUCCAGGAGCUCUACCUCAAGGAGCUCAAGGCAUACAAGCCGGCGCCGAUCAAGGAGUCGGACUCGGUCGGGCAGGUGGCGACCUUCAACCUGCCCAAGCCGCCCAAGUCGCCCGAGGAGGCCGACCUGGCGUCGAGCCUGAAGGAGUACGAGAACAUGGCGGUCGAGGUCGAGGGCCAGGAGACCACCGCCGCCGGCCAGCCCGCCACCCCCGUUGUCGAGGACUGGCUCGUUGAGGAGGAGGAGGAA